AUGCUGACCUCCAUGGAGAUUGGCGCUCUUCGGACUCUUCUGCCCGAGAAGUUAAUCAACCCAACCAGAUUUGUGCUCGACAAUCCCGAUGAUUAUAAACCUGAAAAACUUGCCGCCUAUCUGCAGAGCGCAGCGCAAGCAGGUAGUCGGGACGUUGAGAGAUUCAAAAAAGAUUGGCACAGCGACGACGUGCGUGACCUGUGGCAGGCUGUCAACACCAAUGACUUGCCUCAGGGUGGAGAUGCCUGGGCUUUGGACUAUGGCGCUCUUCUCCAGCAUGCCGGUUCAAACGAGCAGCCCUCCACGACUGGAAGUGGCUCUGGCCCUCAAGUUCAGCCCCCGAGCAAAGCCGAGACUGCGAAGACGGUCAAGGACUUUCAAGUCAGGCAUCCAGCGCUGAAGCUACACGUGCCCGACGAGGCAAACCCCCUGCCCCUUGAGAUCACCGUUGCUGAGCUGGAAUUUUGUGUCGACCGAGAUCGAAGUCCUGGUGCGACCGGUUAUACGGUGACUGGCAAGCCAGGCAGCGAGGCGUUGGCCAACUUAGCAGUCAUCCUCCAAGCCAUCCAGGACAGUAAUGCUAAAGCCAGUCUGGCUACUCUUCUGGACCAGCUGGCAGCUUAUGAUGAUAUCAGGUCAAGACCUUGCGAUAAGUGUAACAGGCUCAUUGAUGGGAAGAAACUCCAGCUACCGUACAUUCGGCAGUUGAAGACGGCAACCGGAGAUGAGCCCGCACGAUUUAUUGCACUCCAUCACGAUUGUGCGUGA